AUGAAUCUCCGUCUACUGACCCUUGCCCUCGCGGGCCUCGUGGCUGCGAGCCCGAUGGAUCUCCAGGAACGCCAGUUGUCUAGUGGAAAUGAACUCCGCACUGGCGAUUGCAAGCCUAUCACCUUCAUCUUCGCUCGUGCCUCUACCGAGCCAGGCCUGCUGGGUAUCUCUACUGGCCCCGCUGUCUGUAACGACUUGAAGGCUGCCAAGGCAAACCAGGUUGCCUGCCAGGGUGUCGGACCAGCGUACACGGCUGAUCUGGCUUCGAACGCUUUGCCCGGAAACACCUCCCCAGCUGCUAUCAACGAAGCCGUCGGUCUGUUUGAAGAAGCCGUGAAGAAGUGCCCAGACACUCAAAUCAUUGCCGGUGGUUAUAGUCAAGGCACUGCUGUUAUGGAUGGCUCCAUCUCCAAGCUUCCCGAUAAUGUCAAGGAGAAGAUCAAGGGUGUUGUCCUUUUCGGGUACACCCGCAACGCCCAGGAGAAAGGUCAGAUCGCCAACUUCCCCAAGGACAAGGUCAAGAUCUACUGUGCUGUGGGAGAUAUGGUCUGCGAUGGUACUCUGAUUGUGACUGCUGCGCACUUUACCUACGUCGCCAACACGGGCGACGCCACACAGUUCUUGCUGUCGAAGCUGAGCUCGUCGUAA